AUGGCCACAACAGAUGGAGUCAUCACGCUUCUACCACCGCCAGAGGGCUACGUGGUAAACUUCGACAACCCAACGAGGCAGGGCGAGCAUGAGGCGUACUACAUCGCCGGGUUUGGACUUGCGAUCAGUUUUCUCUUCUUCAUGCAGAGGAUGUAUGUCAAGAUUUUUCUUGCAGGAGGGUUACAAAUCGACGAUAUUUUUCUCAUUCUUUCAUAUAUUCUUGCCGUUACAACAGUAGCAUUCUGUAUUCAUAUGUUCGCUCAUGGAGCUGGCGGUGUCCACGCCUGGGAAAUCCCCAUUGAGACAGUCAACAUAUAUGUCAAGGAUGUCUACCUCUCUGCAUGCAUCUACGUCCUCUGCGGCUCCUUUGCUAAACUCGCCCUCCUCAUCUUCUACCUGCGCCUCUCCCCGCAACGAUGGUUCAAGUGGGCAGUCUGGACGGCCAUUACAAUUAUCUGCAUUUACACCGUCAUCCUUUUCUGCCUCGUUCUAUUUGCUUGCAAGCCCAUGGCCAUGAACUGGGACAUUACGGUUACCGACGGUGUUUGUAUCAACCAGACAAAGACCUAUAUCGCCACAGCAGCGGUCAAUAUCAUCAGCGAUUUGUUUCUCUUUGUGUUGCCGCUUCCCAUGGUGUUUCAACUUCAGCUACCCGCCAAGCAAAAGAUUGGUCUCAUGGGCAUCUUUACUAUUGGAUCUUUGACGGUUAUCACGUCGAUUGUUCGAGUGUCACUCUUGCCGAGCAUGCUGGGCAACAUGGAUUUGACUUGGACUAUUGCAUAUCCGAGUAUUUGGAUCAUCGUCGAAGCAAAUCUCAUCAUUACCUGCGCCACAAUGCCAACACUUCGCAAAUUCUUCAAGCACGUCGCGCCCAAACUCAUCGGCGAGUCACGAUACGGCAGCAAGACAGGAAAAUCAGGGAAAUCAUCAAAGUACGGCAAACCCGACACAGGUUCCAAGCCCUCCAGCCGAGGAAUCGUACCAGGAUCGCAACACCGCCGCAACCGCACAAAAUACUCGCAAUUCGACGAAGAAGAGCAAAUGCCGAUGCCGGAUGAAUUUGCCCUGUCGCCUAUCAAGGGCGUGGGACACAACACUGUCGUGGGACAUAGCGAUGAGCACGUCCUGGGGUGGAUGGAUAGUGACUCUGAGAAGGGGAUUGUUGAAGGGACGAUUAAGCCGGCGAUUGUGCAGACAAAGACUGUCACUGUGGAAUAUGAACAAUAG